AUGUAUGGCGCAUUAGACCUGGUAAAUGACUCAAAAUUAAGCGUUCGGUUUUACGAAGACUUUUUCUACAAUGAAGUAUUCGACUUUAACUCCAAAAAGCCUGGAGGUCCUCUGCAUCGACGAAAGAAGGAGCAGAAAUGGAUCAGAGAAAGACGCCUUGGUCGGGGCACCUUUGCAGAUGUUUGGCUGUACAAAUGUGACGAGGACGUGGGAACUAAAUUUCAAGCCGUCAAAGUGAUUCCCAGACUAUCACACUCGACCAAGGCUAUUGACUACACACGGGAGCUGGAGGCAAUGUUCAAGUUCUCGCAUCGAAAGUACAAGGGCCUAUUUGUGGAAGCCCUCGGAUGGUUUGAUAAUCCUCGCUCCGUUUUCGUGACUAUGGAAUACAUCGAACUAGGUGAUCUAGAACAGCACCUUGACCCACCCCUGGGGGAAGCCGCAGCUCAGCAAAUCUCAUCUCAAUUGCUUGAGGGACUUGAGCACAUACAUAGCAACGGGUUCGUCCAUCGCGAUCUCAAGCCCGCCAACAUAUUUGUCGUGCAGAAAGACCCGCAUUGGUUGGUAAAAAUUGGCGAUUUCGGCGUCAGCAAGCGCACGAGAGAGGGCGAUUCCGCAUUUCAGACGGUAGCAGGUACACCAGGAUUCUGGGCUCCUGAGGUCAACAUGACCUUGGGGAGAGAUGACGUUCAGUACACCCAGAUGGUGGACAUCUGGUCACUUGGAGUCAUGUUACACUACAUACUCACUGGAUGUUUGCCGUUCAGUCAGCACCUUCAGUUGCGGAAGUACAUCCAGGAUGGCCAGUUCCCAACAGCGCUUUUGGAUGCUCGUGGUGUUAGUUCCGAGUGUAAAACAUUCAUACAGAAAUUGCUGGUGGUAGAGCCUACUGCACGUUUGUCUGCAAAAGAUGCGCUACUGCAUUCGUGGAUCCAAAGCCUUUCUCAUAAUUCUCAUGUCAACGGUGCAGAGCUAGAGUCUGCCCAAGCCUAUCUUGGAGAUAGAAUACGGGAAGCGAACGAGACUCCUUCACUAUCGACACCUAUUCCGCAGCCUUCCCCAAGCCAGGACGGCAUUGAGGGCACCACGGCCGAGCAAUCUAAUGCAAUGUCGAUGAGAAAAGAAAAUGGAAGCCGCCGAGAAGAACAAGAUACUACUAUAUUCGAACGGGAAUGCGCUUACCUCCAUUCUCGGGGCGAAGUCGCUUAUCGCAGACUCUGGGCUUCGAAGGCAGAGAGGAUAUUUCGCAGUGUCCAUAAUAAGCGUAAAUUAGGAUUAGGAGUUGAUCAUCCACUGACACUUGAGUCCCUCCAUUGGCAAGGGGUGGUCAACAACGCAGAAAAAGUGCUUCGAGAAGCGUACGAAAAACGAAAGGCUACUCUAGGCCCUUUGCAUCCAGACACUCUUGAGUCUUUAUAUCAAAUAGGAAGUGGUCUGCUGCGGCAAGGGAUGGAAAAGAAGGCACUGGAUCCACUAUGGAAGGUUUAUCACGCGCGAAAAAAGUCAAUUGAUUCCGAUGGUGGCGGAGCUGUCAAGUCUGUGGAACGCCUUACUGAAUGUCUGCAAAAGCUUGGAAAGCAUGAUCAAGCAUUAAAGUUGCUUCUGAGACAUUACGAAGAAUUAAAGGCAAGACCAGACCCAUACGGCGGCGCAUUCUUAGAUAUUGCCCGAUGCCUUGCACCAUGUCUGAGGGAGCUUAAGAUGUACGUGGAAGCGGCAAAUGUCUAUCGCGAAAUAGCUGAAUCCUGGAGGUUAUUCGAGGUCAGCUUCCCUAGAUUCGAAUCGAUGAUUGCCAGUGGCAACUGUCUUCUUGCCGGGAGCUUAUUCAAGGAGGCAGAGGUUCUGUUCACGGAGGUCUACGAGCAAAAAGUGAGAGAAUACGGAGUCGAUCAUUGGAAAACAUCGUACUCUGUCCAUGGCCCUGGUGCAUGUUUCUAUGGCCUUGGUGCAUCUUUCUAUGGCCAAGGGGAAAUGAAAAAGGCCCAUGAAAUGUUCCGCAAAGCCUAUGAAUGUCGACGAGAAGACUUGGGAGACAACCAUACCCUGACUCGCGAGUCAUUGCAACGGAUGAUUGAAGCGGAAUCAGGUACACAGAAACUCUUCAAUCGACUUUCCAGAGCUUCUAAAAGGAUGGCACGUAGCAUACGCUAG